ACCUCGCUGCGCGGGCCCAGACCUUGACCCGGACGUCGGUCCAUGCGUCGCCCGCUGUACGCGCUCUUUCGCGAGAGCUCCUCGGGAAGCUGGGUUUGUUCCUUUAUACCGAGUCUGACUUCUGGGAAGUAGAGGGGAGGUUCCACGACUGCCUGCUUUUCGUCUCCCUCUCCAGGUGCAGCCCUGGUGUGGUCUCCUGCCUGCACACAGAACGAUGCAGAAGAACACUGGCCCACUAGUGCCUUUACAUUAUUUUGGCUUUGGCUAUGCAGCACUGGUUGCUACUGGUGGGAUCAUUGGCUAUGUAAAAGCAGGUAGUGUGCCCAGCCUGGCCGCUGGGCUCUUCUUCGGGAGUUUGGCAGGCCUGGGUGCUUACCAGCUGUCUCAGGACCCCAGGAACAUUUGGGUUUUCCUAGCUACAUCUGGGACCUUGGCUACCAUUAUGGGAAUGAGAUUCUACCGCUCUGGAAAAUUCAUGCCUGCAGGUUUAAUUGCAGGUGCCAGUUUGCUGAUGGUUGCUAAAAUUGGAAUUAAUGUGUUGAAUAGACCACGUGCACAGUAGUCACAUCCCGGCUGGAACUCAUGAAGAAUUAAAAAUCUCCAGACUUCCACUUUUUAAAUGUAUUAAAGAAAUGCAACAUAUUUACAUACUUCAGCGUUUUACUUAAAACAAAAAACUCUGAAGUUGAUGGGUAAAAACAUUGGUCUUUGCCAUCACAACCCUUCAGAGGUGGUGAAUGUGUAAGAAAAGAGCUUAGUGAUGCCCACAUGGUCGGUUCUUCUCUAGUGAUGUUAUCUCUUCUUUCUGGAUCAGUAGUUAAAACCACAAGAGGUAAAAAGUUAGGAGUCAACAUUGGGGUCCCCAGGGCUUCAUGCCUUGCUCAGAACAGUGUGAAAAAAUUCUCUUGGCGAGACUUGGGAUGUGUGUUCUUUUGCUCAUCUUAGAGCACAGACCUACUUUGGAAUUAUGUUAAAUGGUAUAAUGAAAAUAAAGUUUACUACAAAAAACA